AUGCCCAAAUACCCAGCGGCUCCUGCCCAGCAGUUCUCCCAGGACUUGUCAGAACUUGGCGAUGCCAAUACCUCCGGUCUCGAGAGCAGCAAUAAAGAGAAUGCAGCCCCCAGCGACUCCCAGACCGGACCGGAAUCGUCUGCCUCGACCGAGCGCGUCCCGGAUUCUCAGCUUCCGUCCGACGCUCUUCCGCCUCCUCUCGCACUCCUCUUAAGCUCCAUUCGCUCGGCCAUCCAGAUGUUCUUCGUGGAGAAGCCGCCUCACACUAUCCAGAGAUUUGCGGAGCUUAUCUUGCACCCAAAAGCCCACUAUCGGACCCUUCCUGCGUAUCUUCGCGCCGUGGAUCGCGUCGUUGCCGUGACCAGUGCCGCCGAUGUUUUCCCUUUCUAUACCCCAAAUAGUACCAAUGUCGAGUCGAAUGGCCUCGUUCACCCUGCUAAUAGUGCCGGCACUUACCUCACUCCCGACUAUGCACAUGGUGGACUCGGAAGCGAUGAAUCGCUUGGCGGAGCUCUUCUUACUCCGAUUCCAUGGCUUACCAACGCGACCUUCGACUCCGAGGGAGGCAACGCAGUUGAACCGAAGGGCGAUGAUGUGCUGCACACGGUUACUUCCCCAUCUGCAGAGACAUCUGAUGAUGUUCCUCAUGCGCGUGGCCCGGCAAUAGUUGGUGUGGAAGAUUUGGGACUGCAAGACGGACGGGGUAUUGAAAUGGACCUGGUCGAACAGAGCGGAAUGCUGGAUGGUGCAUCGAAUGCCCGGCCUUCCGAGGGAGUGACCACCGACGCGGCUUCAAAGGAUGAGCCAACGAAUACGCCCGACAAGGACGGCGACAUCGUUCUCGACGAUGGCAAAUCCGGCGAAGAUGCAAAGGCCGAGGUCCCUCAGGCCAGUGAGGCUGCAGAGGCAAAUGUGGAAGCCCCGCCUGUAGAGGCUGAGCAGAAAGCGUGA